GGAAACGGAAGUGUGUGUUACAUUGUAAUCCAUCCCUGUCGCAGUGUGAGUGGCUCAUGGUGGUCCAACGAGACGCAGCGGUCAUCAAGGAAUGAGCGACAAUGUUUCUGACAACUGUCAAUUUGGCUAAAGCCAAAUCCAAGACCAUCCUGGUGCAAAUGAUGAGUGCUGCUGGGACUGGGUAUUGCUUCAAUAUCAAAAGAAACCGACUGCUGGACAAAUUGGUCAUGCGCAAACAUGACCCAAUUGUCAACAAGCAUGUUCUUUUCAUUGAGAAGAAAAAGAUCCGAUCCAUUUAACGAUGAUGGAAUACUUGUAUGUGUCACCAGCAUGGACAGCCACAGUAAAACGAGAGGUUUCCAUCAGCCUCUCAAGACUUUGUUUUGUAGAACUUCCACAUGCAUGCUCAUCCAUGGUAUGGAUGGCAGCUGAAGACAGGUUUUCAGCGUGUAAAGUGGAUGUAAUGCAUUAAUGCAUUUUAAUGUAUUUGUUAUUCAAGUUCUAAUAUAUGCCUAUUUCAACUGAUGUUUGUGAUAAUUCAAGUACACUUAUACAAUAUGAAUCCAAGAUACAUGUUAGUAACUGUGUCAGUUGUGAUUAUUUUGCUAUCAAAUCUUAAUAAGUUAGAUUUUGAUGGUCAUGAACAGAAUAAAACAUUUGAUUGAUUUUUACAGUAGUAAAUAUUUAUCUCAUAUUUCUGUUCCAUGUGAUUUGAAAUGUAGUCGGCAGACUUAUUUUUCCUGUACAUUGGUAACAAAAAACAACAUGUCUGACCAUUCAAAAGCUUACUGUAUCAGUGAUUAAUGUUUUGGCCACAGAUAUUAGAUGUUUUGUUUUGGAAUGAAUGCAGUUACUGUCAUUAUUGAUUCAGGGACCCUCACUGAAUCUGGCAGCUUUAUGAGAAUCAUGGUCUUUGAAUAGACCAGAUUCUAUGAAAAACACCCUGAUAGAAGACAGUUUUUUUUAAACUAAAAAACUUUUACUUAUAACUAAAUUCAAUUUAGGGUUCAAGGAGAAUAUUCAUUCCAAAAAGUUCAGUGGCAGCUUCAACAAAAUAGACCUACAUUUGGAAUUCCGAAAAUGUUAUUUAGGGAUUCAAAGGCAAAUGACAAGUGACAAGACCCCACAUUUUUGCAGACCUUGACUUGUUAGCAGCAUUAUUAAAACCUGAUUAAAAUGGCAUUCUUAAAGUAUUAUAAUAAAAUUGGGGUGUUGUAACAUUUUAAA